AUGGCGGAAAUACCUGAUGAAACCAUCCAGCAGUUCAUGGCAUUGACCAAUGUGUCGCAUAACAUAGCCGUUCAAUAUCUCUCUGAAUUUGGAGAUUUAAAUGAAGCACUAAAUUCCUAUUAUGCUUCUCAAACGGAUGACCAAAAGGAUAGAAGAGAGGAAGCACAUUGGAACAGACAGCAGGAGAAGGCCCUCAAGCAAGAAGCCUUCUCCACCAACUCUUCGAAUAAAGCCAUAAAUACGGAGCACGUUGGUGGGUUAUGUCCAAAACCAGGAUCCUCACAAGGUAGCAACGAGUACUUGAAAAGGAAAGGUUCUACCUCUCCUGAACCAACCAAGGGUAGUAGCCGCUCUGGAAGUGGUAACAACUCCAGGUUUAUGAGCUUUUCGGAUAUGGUAAGAGGUCAAGCUGAUGAUGACGAUGAAGAUCAACCGAGAAAUACUUUUGCUGGUGGUGAAACAUCCGGCUUAGAGGUUACAGAUCCUUCAGAUCCUAAUUCAUUACUGAAGGAUUUGCUGGAAAAAGCGAGAAGGGGUGGUCAAAUGGGCGCUGAAAACGGAUUCCGUGAUGACGAAGACCAUGAAAUGGGUGCCAAUAGGUUUACUGGAAGAGGUUUUAGAUUAGGGUCAACCAUCGACGCAGCAGAUGAAGUCGUAGAAGACAACACUUCACAAUCACAACGUAGACCAGAAAAAGUCACAAGAGAAAUUACAUUUUGGAAGGAAGGUUUUCAAGUGGCCGAUGGUCCGCUUUAUCGCUAUGAUGAUCCUGCGAACAGUUUCUAUUUGAGCGAGUUAAAUCAAGGGAGGGCUCCAUUAAAGCUCUUAGAUGUGCAAUUUGGACAAGAAGUUGAAGUUAAUGUAUAUAAAAAAUUAGAUGAGUCUUAUAAAGCUCCGACGAGAAAACUGGGCGGUUUUUCAGGCCAGGGCCAAAGACUAGGAUCUCCUAUCCCGGGUGAAUCGUCACCUGCGGAGGUUCCAAAGAAUGAGACACCCGCUGCUCAGGAACAACCCAUGCCGGACAAUGAGCCAAAACAAGGCGACACCUCCAUCCAAAUUAGAUACGCAAAUGGCAAAAGAGAAGUUUUGCACUGCAAUUCCACAGAUACAGUAAAGUUUUUGUAUGAGCAUGUGACAUCAAAUGCGAACACUGACCCAUCGAGGAAUUUCACCUUGAAUUAUGCCUUUCCUAUCAAACCAAUAAGCAACGAUGAGACAACAUUGAAGGACGCUGAUCUGCUGAACUCCGUUGUCGUGCAAAGAUGGGCAUGA